CACUUGUUUGACUUUCUUUCACACAAACAUAAACAAAGAAAAAACGCGACUAUUCUUCUUCUUCUCUUCGAUUCAUCCCUCGUGCUUCUCAUUAACACCAAUUCUUCACCUUCUCCGAUCUCUGUUCACAUCUCUUUUCUCUCUUCCUUGUGGAUUGAAAGCUUUUAUAUUUCCUAUUUAUCUUCUGAUUACAGAAAACCAUAUCCUGUUCAAGAAGCAACGAUCAAGAACCAAAACUGGGAGAAGAACGAGACCCUGUGCAGUUCUGUUCUGUUCUGUUUUGGAGUCUGAUGGGUUCUUGCUUCAGUUCUCGAGUCAAGGCUGAAAACCCUUUCAACGAUGGUAAGAGCAGCGUUCUUUACGGCUUAAGCAUGUCGACCCGGAAAUCGUCGUCGUCGUCGACGGUGGCUGCGGCUCAGAAGACGGAAGGGGAGAUAUUUGAGUCAACGCCUGUUAAGAGCUUCACCUUCAACGAGCUUAAACUAGCAACCAGGAACUUCAGACCGGACAGUGUGAUCGGAGAAGGUGGGUUCGGUUGUGUCUUUAAAGGCUGGUUGGAUGAAACCAAUCUCACUCCGACUAAACCCGGAACCGGUUUAGUCAUCGCCGUUAAAAAGCUUAACAAAGAAGGUCUUCAAGGUCACCGUGAAUGGCUGACGGAGAUUAAUUAUUUGGGACGCUUGAGUCACCCGAACCUAGUGAAACUGGUUGGUUACUGCUUGGAGGAUGAACACCACCUUCUUGUAUACGAGUUUAUGCCAAAAGGAAGCCUUGAGAAUCAUCUAUUCAGAAGAGGUGCAUAUUUCAAACCUCUUCCGUGGUUUCUAAGGAUCAAGGUUGCGCUUGAUGCAGCAAAGGGGAUUGCUUUUCUCCACAGUGACCCUGUCAAAGUGAUAUAUAGAGACAUUAAAGCCUCCAACAUUUUGCUUGACGCGGACUAUAAUGGGAAACUCUCUGACUUUGGACUAGCUAGGGACGGUCCAACGGGUGAUCUAAGCUAUGUUAGUACAAGGAUUAUGGGUACAUAUGGCUAUGCUGCUCCUGAGUAUAUGUCAUCAGGUCAUUUAAAUGCAAGAAGCGAUGUGUACAGUUUUGGAGUUGUGCUUUUAGAGAUUUUGACGGGUAAACAAGCGUUGGACGAGAACAGGCCCGCGAAAGAAGAAAACCUCGUGGAAUGGGCUCGACCCUACUUCGCAAGCAAAAGCAAGGUUCUCAAAAUCGUGGACGCUCGGCUAGACACACAGUACUUACCCGAAGAGGCGGUGAGAUUGGCUAGCAUUGCGGUUCAGUGUCUCUCGUUGGAACCCAAGGCGCGUCCGACCAUGGACCAAGUGGUCCGUGCGUUGCAGCAACUUCAGGACAACUUGGGAAAACCAACUCAGACCGACCCGUUUAAGGAUGCCAAGACCGGAGCUAGGUUGCCAGAAAAAAGGUCCAAACAAAAACAUUUUGGCCGGCACAGCGCCUAAGCCUUUUUGAGAUAUACGCCUUUUGAGACUUGCUGAUCUAGUCAAUGGUAAAGGACAUAUUUCUAAUGGGUGCUUGGUACUGCGAAAAUCCGUUUAUAAAUAGAUUGUGUAUGGUUAUGGACAAACCAUCCAGGUCGGAGACUAAUAAUGGACAAGUCCCACAUACACAACCUUAGAGAACAUGUGUUGUGGUACCUUGUGAAAGUAUAUAUAUAUAUGAUGUUAUUUCUUGUUGUGCUGUGACCACUCUUGUCUUUUUUUGGUCCUCGUGCAAUUUUUUUUUUGUCCUCAUACAUUUGAUGUAGAGAUUUUCCUUUAUCUUCGUUCUUUUAGUGUUAGAA